GUUGUCCAUCUACUGAACGCGACCAAUUACUUUGUGUCCGAUCGUGCUGUGUCGAAUGGAUACGCACCCCAAAUAAGGUGGCGAUUGGAGCUCGAGAUGUCGGGAGUCGCCUCCUUGUCAUUUCCAUGGUGGUGUCGAAUCUCUCGUGUUUUCCACGACGUUUUCGUACAUGCACACACGUUUCGUACAUCAUAGGCUACGUUCGGAAACGUCACUCGGACGCGUCCGCUGUAUUGGUAGAGUACGAGAGAGACACAAGAAUGAGAAAACAUAAGAAAAGAGGGAGACUACCCGGACAACCCGUUUCACCGGACGCGUCCAAAUCUGUAGCGCGCAAACAUCGUAUACCCGUCGUGUUGUCUCAGACGGGUGCAUGAUGCGUCCGUUUUUCGAGAUAUUCACCCUGUCGACGGUAGAACGUGCGUAACGUGUUAUUUAAUUAUUAUGACAACAAGGAGGGAAUUAGUCAUAAACUCGAGUAAUAAUUGGGCUAGAAUUUGUUGUAUCCGUAUGAUUGUUCCUUCGAGCAUUCGUGAGCCUUUGGAUACUGAUUAUUCGGAUGCUCCUUCGGAAUUACAUACAGAACGCAACUAUGAAGACAGAAGGAAGGUUAAGGAAAGCUUUUCAAGGUGUUCUGUGCUUAAAGAAAGAGCAACGGUAAAAAGGAAAAGAGAGAGAGAGUGAGAGAGUGAGUGAGUACUUGACAUUCGCGGAUACUCGCGAGUAAAACAAAUUGCCAGUUGCGGGGUAAUCGUUUGAAAUUUUUUUUUAACACGUUCGGUAACAGUGAUCUGACGAUGACGAUUCUCUCGCGUAAACGCAUUCAUUCGGUUCGUGGCACGUGGAUUUAUUGGUGUGAGACAAAGGUAAUGUAAGACGGAAGAAAGGCACGCGCGGAUUCUUUCAUAAGAAUGGAAGCGUGGUGGUUUCCUCGCAUGGUUGCUCAUCAUCCAUAUAUCACUUUGAUCACGGUGUUUGUGUUUUCCUCAAUAUGUGUAAUUGCUCCACUCAGCACCAAAAGGUUUCCAGACUUUUCGGAUCCUCAAAUGGGUUUUGAGGCAAGGGGUACAAUUUUGGCGCAGAGAUUCACAGCCUGGCAAAAUUUAAUGGAAUCUACAAGGGCGAAUGGAGAACUUGUAGAUAAUCCUGUGGAGUAUCAUCGAUAUGUACUGAGUCAACGGCCUGACAUGAGUACGCGUAAUCGUAGCUCCUCUCCUCUGGAUAUUCUCAAAAAAACGCCAAAGGGCAAGCGUAAGCGGAAGGGGAAGAAACACAAGCAUGUGCUACAAAAUGACACGAGCCACGUACGAGCAAGUGACGAGGCUAGAGAUACAUGGAAAGAAUUACUGGAAUUGGAGAAGAAACAUCGUAAGAAGAGUGACACAGCGGACAGUAAUCAGAGUCGUCUCAAUGACGACAAUUUUUUUUGCAAUUUGCCAACUUCCUCCUACGCUCGUGUUGUAAUUGGGACGGAAUCGAAGGGAAUUAAUCUGUGGUCGACGGAGGGUGUAUUGGCGCAAUGUCACAUUGACAGUGCGCUUCGUGCGAAUACUCACUUCUCGUCCCUGUGCCAGACGCAAGUGGAGCAUAACGGUGCUAACCAUAAAUGCUGCAGAAGCUGGUCACCGGCCAACUAUGUAGCGCUAUUAUCCAACCGCAGUUCUUGUCUAGGAAUAACGGAAGAUGAUCUCACCGGGGUGAAGGAACUUUUGGAGCAAUGUGCUCCGUACUAUCACGAUCGGCAGUUAUCAGCCAACUGCGCGGAAGACUUCAAUUGUCAGAGGCACGUGCCCGCUGAAUGUUACGCGAGAAACGCCGUCUAUCAUCUACUGCAUUAUCUUCUGGAUGCCAACUUUAUUCCUCCUUCGAAUCGUAAUACAGAACACACUGGAAACAAACGAAAUGCGACGUUAUUGCAAUCCGUUAUGUUGUUUCUUCCGAUUGCGGCGAGCUCCGCGACUUUGGACUUUUACAAAGAGAUAGACACGAAGAAUAACGACUUAACGUACGGAAAGAUACGUGUGCAAGGCAUGCAACUUGGUCUAAAAAGUACGCUGUUCGAUCGGCUGUUAGUGUCCGAUUCAAGCUUGUUACUCGCUGGUUUUGUGUUCGUUACACUCUGCAUCUGGGCGUACACUGGCUGCAUAAUUUUGACCAUCACGACGAUUUUCGCAGUGGUGUUCAGUCUCAGUAUCUCGUACGCAGUCUACACUCUUGUCUUGCGUAUUCAGUUUUUUCCUUUUAUGAACUUGCUGGCCAUCGUUGUAGCUAUAGGUAUCGGCGCGGACGACGCGUUUAUAUAUUGCAAAAUAUGGGAGUCCAAGAAGCGGCAGAAAUGCUCCUCCAACGGCGAAUUGGUACAUUUGGUGCAAGAAACCAUGAGACACGCUUUUCCCUCGAUGUUCGUCACGUCUCUCACAACAGCGGUAGCCUUUUUCGCGUCGAUCGUUAGCAACGUGACUGCUAUCAACUGUUUCAGUUUAUUUUCAGGCAUAACGGUCAUUGCUAACUUUUUCUUGAUGAUCACGUGGUUACCAGCGUGCGUGGUUGUGUCGGAGCGUUAUAAAUUCACUCUAUCAUCACGGAAUUUUAUCAGCGAGAGGAUUAUUCGUCCCCUUAGAUCUUUCAGAGAUAAAGUAACAGUAGGACUCACCGCUCUUCUCAUCAAGAUGGUGAUCGGCUUACGAUGCAUUUGGAUAUUGAGUUUGGGGACUGCUGCGAUAGCGUGUUGCAUCGUCGUCUUCCGUUAUCCGGGUUUGCAAUUGCCAGACUAUAUCGACUUUCAAUUGUUCGAUAAUACACAUCCGUUUGAGCAAUACGACCUGAUGUAUUCGCAAAGAUUCUGGUUCGAAAGAUACGAAAUGGUCGGUGGUAACGCUUCGAUGGAGAUUCUACCGUUGAGAUUUGUAUGGGGCAUUGAACCGAUCGAUAAUGGUGAUCACCUCGAUCCCGGUAGAAAAGGGACGCCACAGUGGGACGAAACUUUUGACAUUACCGAUCCGGAGUCGCAGUUAUGGCUCGAACAAUUUUGCAAGGAUCUACGGAGUCAGCCCUUUUAUCGCAGUACCAUGGGGCCCCUGUUACCCAAUUGUUUUAUCGAAUCGUUACGUUCGUGGAUGCAAAGACGUUGCAGUGAUCCUCUCGAUCCUCGCAUCGACUACGUGCCAUGCUGCGAAAGCAGCAAGUUUCCGUACGAGCCCGAUGUUUUGCAGCAGUGCGCGGCCGAAGCAAGCGCGGAAUUACAUCGCACACCGUCCCACUUGUGGACGCCCCGGGGUGGCGCGAUUUCUGCGGGCCUGAAAUUCGCAAAAGAACCGUUGUUGCCUUCGCGAUUGCUGAACGGCACGAGCCACACGACGAAGCUGACGCCUAAGAUAAAGGCACUCGUCGUUGAAUACGACAGCUCGUACGCGUAUACUCUUUCGUUUGCGAGUAUGGAUACAUUUUUUAACCAGGUCGAGGAUUGGAUGCAGGGUCAAUUGCGGAGCGCACCGCGGGGGAUGCAACGCGGUUGGUUCGUCAGUAGAUUAGAAUUCUUCGAAUUGCAACGUACGUUGUACGAUGGUACCAUAUGGGCAAUGGGAGUAUCGUUGAUCCUAGCUCUGACAGUACUGGCACUGGUGACUCUGAACCCUCUUGUCAGUUUAUACGCCAUUGCGACUAUCGGCGCUGCGAUAAUAGUAACGGUUGCAAUACUUAUCCUCCUUGGCUGGAAGCUCAAUGUCUUGGAGAGUGUUGCAGUCUCUACGGCAAUAGGUCUUACUGUCGACUUCAGUUUGCAUUACGCUGUGAGUUACAAGUCGUGCAUUACCGAAGAGAGAACGGAGAGAGUAAAAACGGCACUGCAACAAAUGGCUGGGCCAACCCUUAUGGCGGCGAUUACGAGCGGAGCCGCAGGGGCUUUGAUGUUACCUUCUCGUGUAAUGGCCUACAUACAAAUUGGUGUCUUUCUGUUGCUCGUGAUGGCAAUAAGUUGGAUAUACGCCACAUUAUUUAUGUGUUCGAUGUUAGCAGUCGCGGGACCAUCUUCGCAUUUUGCUCAACUUAAGUGUUCCCGGUGUUGCAGGUUCAGGACAUUGGUUUGUUUCAUUAAAAUCAAAUGUGAUGACGAUGCGGAAGAUGAUGCCGCAAGAAAUAACGACAGUCGAGCGAGAAGAGCUUUCAAGGGUGGGGGAGUAGUGUCAGAAUCGACUCUGAGCACAUCUAGCACCGUAUGCCAGUCCCAUUGCAGUGAACUAGAAACUCUUACUGCAAGACCUCCGUCGCCGUCGUUGCGAUCAUCUCCAUUGUCGACAUUACUCGACACUGACACUUGAAUCGUAAGCGAUUCUCUGAUCCACGAUUGCCAUUGUUUUUGAUUAAUGUUUAUAUAUAUAUAUAUAUGUUUAUAUAUAUAUAUAUAUAUGUUUAUAUACUACAUGCGAAAUACACACAUACAUUAUAUACAUUAUGUAAUCUAUAUGUGGAUAUAUAGUUAGCGUAGGAUACGACACAGUGCCUGCCUGCAUUCAGCCAGGCGGGGGACGAUCGUGAAUACUUUCACGUGAAUUAGAAAAUAUUCACUUUUUACGGUUUAACGCUAAAGAAAAAGAUUCAUAAUCGGAUGAGCUUGGUGAGCGUUCGGUGUUGUUUAUUGUCUGUGUGAUUGGUGAUUGAUAUAACUUCCAGUCCUUGACAGAUCCGGAGACGUUUGCCAAUCGGGAACAAUAAACGGCAAGCGCUCAUCUUCGUAUCAUCUCUUUUGCUGAUCGCAAAUCCAUCGGCUGUACUCAACCCCUAAUCAAAGCCUCGAGAUACAGAUCGUCGUGAAUAUGUGUGUGAAUACUACAAUGCGAUAAAAUGACCCUUUCUGAGCGUGGAUCGAUCCGGUCCGAAUUGCGAAACGUAAGCGUAACGUAAGCCUAUCGUUUCUGCUGAAUGUGGAUUUGUUAAUUACGGAUCGAUAUAAUAUUAUAUAGCAUAUAAAAGAUAAUGGAGCUUUCGACUUUACAACUUCGACAAGAGAGACUGACAAAUUUGUACGAGUUUGCGUAACGAAUAAAACGCGUCUUUGUAUCAA